AUUAUUUCUGUCAUCUCUUCACGCGCUGUUGUGGUCGUUUCAUUUCUUUCGAUAAUGCGCAUGCGCUGCACUAUUUUUCCACAGAAGAAGAGUGCAGCCAGUAGUCCACCACUUCCUGUUUACGUUUCCACAAAUGACGUCACGUUGAUAACAUAAACCAACACUUUCGAAAGGGAAACAGACGUUAACUUGAGAAAAUACUCCUAUGUCCUCCUGUCGUGUCUGUGUUGAAGCAUUUUUACAUCUUCUCCUCGUACAGGAGGACCGGGCUGAGUGUCCGACCUGAAGUUUUUGCUGUCCCGCCUUGUAUUGGAACACCGAAGGAGCUAGCCGGGCUGCUAAGUGUAGCUAGCGUUGAGUAAGUGAGAAGCUAGCUUGAACAGAGAGUCAUCAUCUCUCACAAGACUCUCAAUACCUGCCAGGAUGGAGAGUAAAUACAACCUCAAGAGUCCAGCGGUGAAGAGGCUGAUGAAGGAGGCUGCUGAGCUGAGGGACCCCACAGAGCACUAUCACGCCCAGCCACUAGAGGAUAACCUCUUUGAAUGGCACUUCUCCGUACGCGGACCCCCAGACUCAGACUUCGACGGCGGGGUCUACCACGGCAGGAUCGUGCUACCUCCAGAGUACCCAAUGAAGCCCCCGAGCAUCAUCCUCCUCACACCGAACGGCAGAUUUGAAGUCGGUAAGAAGAUUUGUUUGAGCAUCUCUGGCCACCAUCCAGAGACCUGGCAGCCCUCCUGGAGCAUCCGAACUGCUCUAAUAGCUAUCAUCGGAUUCAUGCCAACAAAAGGAGAGGGAGCAAUUGGAUCCCUUGAUUAUACCCCCGAAGAGAGGAGGGCCCUCGCCAAAAAGUCUCAAGACUUCUGCUGCGAGGCGUGCGGCUGCUCCAUGCGCACCGCCCUCCUGACUCUGACCCCCAACAGCAACCUGAGCGCCGAGGACCACCAGGCUAAAGAACUUGCUCAGCAAAUCAACUUCAAGGCAGAGUCCAGUUUAUCCAGACAUACUAGUGAGAGCAGAGGAGCAGAGAGCGAGUCCUCCACAUCCUCACAGGGAGACGCCUCCACGUCUGCAGGACAGGAAGCUGCUGACGAGCCUCGGACUGAACAGGCAGAGGCAUCUCCAGAAGCAGAUGACAGACCCCUGACCCCUGCAGCCCAGAGCACUGGUCGCCCUCUGAGCCCCCGGCAGCGUCGGGCCCAGCAGCAGAACCAGCAGGGCCAGAGAGCCGGCAGAGAGCCAGCCAGCAGACCGGCCUUCAUUCCGGCUCCUCGACAGCAGCAGGAUGAUAGCCAUGCAGGCUCGGCGGUCCUCAUCGUGCUCCUCACUCUGGCUCUGGCUGCGCUCAUCUUCCGCAGGAUCUACCUGGCCCAAGAAUUCAAAUUCGACUUUGAGCUGUGACCAACCCCGCCCUCGCUUCCCUUCUUUCCUUCGUCUAACUCUCCUGCUACCCCGGGACAGAACUGUGACCUGCUGCAGUGGAUCCAGAACCGAGGCAGCAGCUGACACAGACUCUUCUUUCUCCCUCUGUGCUCAUCCUCAGAGGUCCAGUCUCCUCUGGGGGGAGCUCUCAUUCCUGCAGAGGAAGCGCUUUAAUCACCACAACACCUCCUGGGUGUCUUUUAAUAAGUGUCCAUUUUACUCUCCAGUCUUGUUGUUUUUAAAUCCAGGAAGUUCAUCGUUCACAAGCGGCACACUUCCUGUUUCAUGUGUCUGUUGUCUGUCCCAAAGCUGCAGUUGAUCCCAUUAUUAAAUUAAAGAUCAAAUAUAACCUGUGGUUGGAUAAUAGGAGGGUUUUUUCUAAAGGUAAUUAUUGUAUCAUGAAAGUAUGUUUUAACGUCGUGUUAGGUCACUUCAGUCACACCCUUUAGGGCUCCAUCUAACUUCAACAUCCAAAGUGCUCCGGCUGUUCCUACAGGUGUGGUUGUUCUGCUACUUAAAGGGGAAAUCACGUGUUUUUAAACGAGGACUCUAGUGUCAAGUAUUCUGGCUCUAAAUAACCAACAGGUACAAAAAGUUUUAGAAUCACUCUGGUAGCUUCCUUCAGCCUGCAGCAGUGAAACAGGCUGUAACAGCUGCAAUGAAAUCCAUUGGGGGAAUCAAAGCACGUCUACUUAAAGCUCUUGCUUUUGUCCCUGAUAGGCUCGGAUUUUUAUUUUACAUGUCCUAACAAAUGUUACAGAGAGGAUCCGCACAGAGACAGACCUCGUGACAGCUGUUUCAUGGCCCUCUUUAAAUCUACUAGACUCAACAACAGGUAUUUAAACUUUCAGAAACCAGGAGUUGCUGGUCUACCCCUGCCCCAGAUCAUUUAGUUUAUUAAAUCUAGCCUAUGACUUUGUAUUUAUAUAAAAUGCUGAUUUCAAAUUUUCUUUGAACUCACCAUACACCUUAACCCCAAAAAAUAACUUAUUGUUUCUGGGAUAGACCAGCAACUCCCAUGUUCUGCCAGAGUCUGGGGGCUUUCGUAGAGCAUGAUGUAACAGCUGUUUGUUGUUAUAAAUACAUCUUACUCUUUAACAAAAAGGUCUGUCUUUGUAGAGAUCACAGAGAACAACAACUGGCCUGUGAGUGACAAAAACAAGAACUUUUAGAGGACACACAUUGAACAAACAGAUUGCCUCCAAGGAUUCCAUUUUAGAUCUCUCUGCCUGCUUUAAGGUUGUGUGCUAAAGCUCUCUAUCAGACAACUAAAUCUGUGAGACCACAAAUGCAACCCUAAUUCCAAAACAAUAUGCAUGCCAUGUUAAGUGUUGAUAAAACAGAUUUUGAUGCUUUGCAAAACAUUUAAAGUUGAUAUUUAAUUGAAAAAAGAGCAAAGACAAGAUCUCAUAUGUUGAAACAGAAAAAUGACAUUCUUUUAUGAAAAACAUGUUCAUUUAAAUUUUGACAACAGCCACAUUUCAAACAGUUGGUACAGCGACAUGUUUACCUCCUCUGAUAUAAACGCUCUGUAAACCUUGGUGAACCCAGGAGACCAGUUUCUGGACUUUAAAGUGAAAUGUCUCAUUCUUGUCUGAUAGAGGAUUUCAGCAGCUUAACAGUUCAGGGUCUCCUUUGUCGUAUCUUUAGUUUCAUGAUGCUCCAAGUGUUUUCAAUGGGUGACAAGUCAGGACUGUAGUCAGACCAGUUCAGCACCUGGACUCUUCUACUGCAGAGCCAUGCUGUUGUGAUACGUGCAGAAUGUGGUUUAUCAUUGUCUUGUUGAAAUAUGUAAGGUCUUCCUGAAGACAUCAUUGUCUGGAUGGCAGCAUAUGUUGCCCCUAAACCCGUUUAUAUUGUUCAGCAUUAAUGAAGCCUUCACAGAUGUUUAAGCUACCCAUGCCAUGGACUCUUAUGAUCCCCAUACCAUCAGGGACACUGGCUUUGAGCUGUGAGCUGAUAGUGGUCCCUCUCCUCUUUAGAGUGGAGGUCACAGUGUCCAUGAUUUCCAAAAAAGAAUCUCAGAUUUUGAUGAAUCAGACUGCAGGACAGUUUUCCUCUUCUUCUCAGUCCAUCUUAAACGGGCUCAGGUCCAGAGAAGUCUCUGGUGUUUCUGGAUCAUGUUUAUACAUGGUUUCCUCUUUGCAUGGUUCAGUUUUAACCUACAUUGUGUUCACAGACAAUGGCUUUUGGAAGUGAUUUUUGAGCCCAUGCAGUGAUUUGUUGUCUCUGUCCCAACUUUUGAAACUUGUUGGCAUCAAAUUUUAAGUGAGCAUAUAUUUUUCAUAAAGUGAUAUCAAUUUUCAGUUUCAACAUUUAAUAUGUUGUGUUUUUACCACUUUCAAUUAAAUGAAACAUGGACUUUAGAUGAUUUGCUAACCAUCAAAUGAGCAUUUAACACAUCAUUACGGCUUUUUAUUUUGUUCGGGUUGUGUGAAAAAAAAUAGAGCUUGCAUUCUAAAAUAUAAGAAUAUUUUUUCUAAAAAAUGAAUCCAACCUGAACUUAGAUCCCACUUUUAUAACAUAUAGAGCAUCUGAAAGACUGGACUGAAAGACUCUCAGAGCACUGCUUGACUGAUCCAGAAGGACAGCGUGUGGGCGGAGUCUUUGAACUGUUAUCACCACAGAGAUGUUGACUGGUGAGAUCAUUUUCAGGAUUAUUUUCAUAAACAUUCAUCAGGUCUGCAGCAUGUUGAGCCGACAGUCUGUGUGGUUUCUGAUCCGGUUCUUCUUCAACCUGCAGAACAGAUUUUAUUUAUUGUAUUUGAAUCAGGAAGUAGUUUUUCUGUGGACACUUGAUUCCCACUCUGUCUGUCCCCUCAGGCUCUUUGAGGGUGUACACGUCUCGCCCCUGUGCAUUAGUCUCUUGUUGUCUCUCAUUCUCUGUAGCCGUGUUCAAACACUCAUUCUCCCUGUACAAACAGACCCGUACACUGUCUGUCGUUUACCUUCUUUGUUACACUUUGAGGAGGGUUUAUCGCUCUGAUGAGACUCAGAGAAGCUGGAAAGCAAUUUACAUUCACUCUUUGCACAUCGUAGCUGACGGCUGGUUGACAUGUACAGGACUCAGCCGUGUAGAGGAAUAUCUCUGAAGUUUUCGUAGCAGUCGACUUGUUGAGGGGAACAAAUCUGUCUCUUCAGUUUUUCUUCUUUUAGACAUGUGCUCAUGUCCAGAUUUUACUUGAAGGCAGCAGAGAUUCUCCAAGACUAUCUGUACUCUCAGAAUCUCUCCGUGUCUGUCUUUACGAUUACUCUGCUCAAGGCUGGUGUACGGGGAUAUAAAGUGAAAAUAAAUCACCAAAUGAAAACUGG